GACAUAGCCUAUGUAGAAAAUUGUUGUUAAAUUUAUCCGUAGACAUAUUAAAGUAAUCGAGGCACAUAAAUGCUUAGUUGUUCUCCAAAAUGUCCCACAUUGAGACGUCAAAUUAGGGAAGAAGUUAAAAAAUCAGGUUGGACAGAUGAAUAUAUGCGAAACAUCGUCGAUGUUCAGAGAGUGGACAUCGCAGAGGAUUGGGACCGAAAGGUGAAACCGGAUUCACGUAAAGGAAUACGUAGAAUACCAAUAAAUUCUCUUAGAAGGGUUACCGAAGAGCCAACGAUAGAACAUGACGAACGAUAUAAGGAGAUAGAUAAACGGGCAGAUUAUCCCAAUAAAAUAGUUCAAAAUUCUAUACGUAUCACUGAUUACAAAGAAGUUAUCGAUAAGGAUGAAAUUCCUUUGGCUUCAUUGAAACAAGAAACUAUUUAUUAUACGGAAGAAAGGGAAAUCACUCGUAGAGCUUCACCGUUGAUAGUUGAAAGAAUUAGUCCUGAAGUAUCGAAGCCACGAAUACUGAAAGAAAAACAAAUCGAAAGUACGAUCGAAGAUCAGAUUUAUGAGGAAGAACAGGUGGACGAUACUGCAAUAAUCUAUUCUAGGAUCGAUUCUAAAGAAAUCGAUCACAAAGAAAUUUCUAGGAUACCUCUUGAUAGAAAAAUAACGAUAAAGGAGCAGGAAAGAAUCGGCGAAAAAGUGGACGAUAAGAUAAAAAUUAAACGUAGAGACGAUUCCCCGGAUAGUUAUUACAAAUAUACACCUAAGGAACUUCCUAGCGACUGGCCACACGAUGGUUGUGACGAAGCUUGUCUCGCAAGAGUAUUAAAAGAACAUGCCGAAAAGUUGUUGCAAGAAAAGAAGAAGAAGGAUCGUUAUUUGACGACAGGAUUAAGUUAUUUCGACGACGUUUGUACCUGUUCCCUUAGUUGUAUGAUAUAUAAUUUGAAAAAAGAUCGUUUCGUACGUAGUAUAUUAACCUCCGCAAUUUUAUUCUCCUUUGGUAUAAAACUAUGUUCGGAAUUAUAUGGCUGGUACUUACCCAAUCGCACUUGACAAAGUCUAGGCUAACUUUUACGAAGGAAUGAAAGAACAGAAUAAAAAAAAAAAGAAAAGAAAAGAAAAAGAAAAGAAAGAAAAAAAAGAUCAAUUUAAUAAAAA